AUGACUCCAUCAUUCGAGCCCAUCCCCACCAGUUCAGCUGCCCUGGUAGCUUCCUACUCCAUUGAACCACCAGGCUACCCCGAGAUAGAAGUCGCCCAGGCCGAACACCGCAUUAACCUCACCAAUUUCUGGGAAAUCAAGCCCGGCUCCCGAGUCCUGGAGCUGGGUUGCGGCCAAGGCAAUGCCACGGCCGUCCUCGCGCACGCAGUAGGUCCAACGGGCCACAUCGACGCCGUGGAUCCAGGGGCCCUGGACUACGGCGCGCCGUUCACACUGGCACAGGCACAGGACCACAUCAGCCAGAGCGCCGUCGGGGCGAGGAUAUCGUGGCACCAGGCCACGCCGGAGGACUUCCUGCAGCAGCAGCAGGCGUCGCGCCAGGGCGACGGGGGCGCCGGCGGCACGUGGGACGUGGCGGUCCUGGCGCACUGCAUCUGGUACUUCGCGGCGCCCUCGGUGCUGGCGAGCGUGCUGCGCAGCCUGCGGGGCCGCGUCGGCCGCGUCUGCGUCGCCGAGUACGCGCUGCACGCGACGGAGCGGGCGGCGGUCCCCCACGUGCUGGCGGUGCUGGCCCGCGGCACGCUCGAGUCGUACAAGGCUGAGAGCAGCGAGAACGUGCGCAGCCCGCUGGGCCCGCGCGCCAUCAAGCAGAUCGCGGCCGAGGCCGGGUGGACGGUCGCCCGGGACGGCCGCGGCGAGACGGCCCUGGUCCCCGGGCCGGGCCUGCUGGACGGCAGCUGGGAGACCGGCUCCGUCAAGAGCACCGACUUCCUCGCCGAGAUGGACGAGGCGAUCCGCGAGGAGCGCGCCAGGCUGGUGGUCGGCACGGCGAGGGAUGCGGUGCUGGCUGCUGUGGAGGGGCUGAAUGGGGAGAAGGUGCGGACUAUGGAUGUCUGGGCUGCCGAGUUUGUGGAGGCACAAAGCUGGAGGUGGGCAGGUGGGGCUCCAGAAUCCGGAACGGGAUAUCGCCCGGCUCCGGCCCCUGUCGCGCUGCCGCACCUGGACCCGGAAAAAGUUGCUGAGCUCCAGCUCGCUGAGCGCAUGCCGACAAACACAGCAACGGCCGCCAUGAUCAUAAGGGAGUUCGGUGUCCGCCAGGGCCGCAAGGCUCUGGCAGCCUCUCUACGACAAGGCCCAGCAUGUCUGCGCCAGCUGUCGUCUCUGUCCUCGGAAACCUCAGGAACCCCCGUGGCAGUGGCCGACCCUGUCCUCCAAAGCACCCUCAAGACCUCGCCGGAAGCCAAGAAAACGCCCUCGCUCUUCAUGCAGACCGCCAAGCCCGCGCGCAAGCGGCCCGUAGCCCCUGACACGACCAAGCAGGACUGGGAGGACGCGCAGGCGCUGCGCAAGAGCAUGCGAGGCGUCGGUACCACGGUCCAGCCAGUCUACUCCCCGAACGACGUCUUCCGCAACCCGCCGGGCCCCAAGGACGUCACUCUCGAGCUGCUCAUGGCCUCCCAGGCCCACAUGGGCCACCACACCUCCGUGUGGAACCCCGCGAACGCUCGUUACAUCCACGGCAUCCGCCAGGGAAUCCACAUCAUCUCGCUCGAGGAGACCGCGGCGCAUCUGCGACGGGCUGCCCGUGUAGUUGAGGAGGUUGCCUACCGCGGUGGCCUGAUCUUGUUCGUGGGCACGAGGCCCGGGCAGACACAGAUUGUCACGCAGUCGGCCCGCCUGGCGGACGCCUGCCAUUUGUUCACCAAGUGGACGCCCGGCACGAUCACCAACAGCGACAAGAUUCUACCGGGUCUCCCCAUGAAGAUCGUCGACCAACAUGAUAACGAGCUCGAGGGCUUUGAUCAGCAUCUGAUGGAGCGAAGAGCGCUGGUACCUGACCUGGUGGUUUGCUUGAACCCUCUGGAGAAUUUCGUCAUGCUUCACGAGUGUGGUCUGGCAAACAUCCCCACAAUCGGAGUCAUUGAUACCAAUACGGAGCCGACAUGGGUGACCUACGCCAUUCCCGCCAAUGAUGACAGUCUGCGAUGUCUGGCGGUUAUUGGCAGUGUUCUUGGCCGCGCUGGUGAGGCGGGCAACAAGCGACGUCUCCAAGACGCUCAGAAGGGUGUGGUCGCGUGGGAGACGCCCCAGGCAAUCAGCACGUGGACGAAGAUCCAUGGAAAGCGAGCUGAAUGGGCUGCGAGGGCUGCCAGGGAAGCAGCUGAAGAGCAAGCGGCUCGAGAGGCUGCCUUGUCAGGUGAAGAACCAUUAGAGAAGGAAGUCGAGGGGGAGGCUGAGACUGAGGGACGUUUCAGACGUGGCCAAAACUUUAGAGAACGUCGUCCUCCACGCGCAAGUGACGAUUCCUGA